UCGACGUGUUUCCGGUGGAAUGCGUAGCGGUGGUGGGAGGAGCGAAGAGGCUAUCUUGGACGGGUCCAGACUGGGGUCAGAGGCUUAGCCCCCUCCCUCUUUCUCCCGGGAUCUACGGGCUAGAGGUCUUUAGGGCUGACCUGAGGUCGCAGCCGCUUCUCCUUCAGCAGGAACCCGCAGCUCGAGGAGACCGGACUAGGCCGAGCCGGGGGGGCGACGGGUCGAGACCGCUCCCAGAGUGAGCAAUCCUGAUUAUGACAUCACGACCAUCCCCUUGGUGAUGGAGCUCAUCAUUAGGAUGGAAGAAUGAGUCUGAGCAUAACACACAAGAUGGGUUACUGGGAGCAUAUCAUGAGAGUCACUGAGUGGAGCCGUGAAGGGGCUGGAGCCUUGUGAACAGGGACCCUGCCCCACACCACCUGCCAGGUAAAGACAGACCAUUGGCUCAAGACCAUGCUGGCCUGGUCUCAGUGAUGAGACAUGGGGUAUGAUGUAGCCCGUUUCCAGGGGGAUGUUGACGAAGACCUUAUCUGUCCUAUCUGCAGUGGAGUUCUGGAGGAGCCAGUGCAGGCCCCUCACUGUGAGCACGCCUUCUGCAAUGCCUGCAUCACUCAGUGGUUCUCUCAGCAGCAGACGUGCCCGGUGGACCGAAGUGUAGUGACAGUUGCCCACCUGCGCCCUGUCCCCCGGAUCAUGCGGAACAUGCUCUCAAAACUACAGAUUGCCUGUGACAACGCUGUGUUUGGCUGCAGUGCCGUUGUACGGCUGGACAACCUCAUGUCUCAUCUCAGUGACUGCGAGCACAACCCUAAGCGGCCUGUCACCUGCGAGCAGGGCUGUGGCCUGGAGAUGCCCAAAGAUGAGCUGCCCAACCACAACUGCAUUAAGCAUCUACGUUCAGUGGUGCAGCAGCAACAGACCCGGAUUGCAGAGCUAGAGAAGACCUCGGCUGAGCACAAGCACCAGCUGGCUGAGCAGAAGCGGGACAUUCAGCUGCUGAAGGCCUACAUGCGUGCUAUCCGCAGUGUCAAUCCCAACCUUCAGAACCUGGAGGAGACCAUUGAGUACAAUGAGAUCCUAGAGUGGGUCAACUCCCUGCAGCCCGCACGGGUGACGCGCUGGGGUGGCAUGAUCUCCACACCGGAUGCUGUGCUACAAGCAGUCAUCAAGCGCUCUCUGGUGGAGAGUGGCUGCCCGGCCUCCAUAGUCAAUGAGCUGAUUGAAAAUGCCCAUGAGCGAAGCUGGCCCCAGGGCUUAGCCACACUAGAGACACGGCAGAUGAAUCGGCGCUACUAUGAGAACUACGUAGCCAAACGGAUCCCCGGCAAGCAGGCGGUGGUGGUUAUGGCCUGUGAGAACCAGCAUAUGGGUGAUGACAUGGUGCAGGAACCAGGGCUUGUCAUGAUAUUUGCGCACGGCGUGGAGGAAAUCUAGGAAACCACAGCAAGACUAUAAAGCGAGAAGGAAACCUGAAAACCCCACCACUCCACUGGGCAUGUCCCUCCCACCCCCACUUGCCUAUAUUCAAGCCCCAAUUUCCCAGUCUCCUGGCACUAAAGUGCCCCAGGGCAUUAGUUUCUUCCUCCCUCAUACCUCUAGCCCCCUGUGCCCAAGAGGGAGAUCCAGAUAUGGAUGCUAUUUCUCUUAUCUCACUCCUCCCCCUCCCCCCCCAUUGCUGUAAAUUUUCAGCCUGAUUGGAAGGGCCCCUACUUCCACUUCCCCUGGGUCCAGAUGUUUGCAGAAGGCACAAACGCAUCCAUUGCCCCCAAGAGGAGUGCAGUGAGGUGUGGCGCCACCUCAAACCAAGGGGCUGGAGCAGGUAGGCAUUCUGGUCCUCAGCAGGAUUGAGGGGGAAACCUGCAGGGGAGGGGCAAGGUUAGAAGAAAAGUCAUAGGAGUGGUGAGUGAUGCCAAAUAGAAGUGGAUCAGCACUGGUGGCUGGGGUGGGCAGGGGUGCCAAUGGUGCUCCAUGACCUCUGUGCCAAGUGAGAAUCUAUCUCUCCAUCCUUGGGGGGGGGGGGUUCUAGUGGAAUGGGUGGGGAAGUAGAUACUGAAGUGUGUCCUCUCUUCCCUCCUCCCCUUUUCAUAAACAGAAUGAUGGGUUCUGGGAGUUGGGGGGGAGGAGGGUAGGCUGGUGGAGCCCUUCACUGCCUGGCUUUUGCCAAAGUGGGGCGAGCUGAUGUCCCUUAUGGAUGGGACAGUAGUAGUUUCCAGAUUCCCCUUUCCCUUCCCUCUCUUCCCUUGUGAUUGUGGUUGUUGGUUUUUGUUUGUUUGUUUUUGUUUUUUGUAAUUUGCUUUUAGGUUUGUUCUUUUUGUAUGUUUCCCCAUUGGGCUAGUUUUGUGUUUAAAGAGAGAAACACCUCUGGUCUCUCUCAUUCUCCACUCGGCCAACUGUUGGGUGUUUAAUUUAUUUACAUUAUUUUUUCUUUCCUUUUUUCUAUCCUUCCUGGAAAAAGACCAAAAAAGCUAACCUCUUCUCCUCACCCAAAUCCUUCCCUUUCCUAAAUCCACAAGAAUUAAAAACAUUAUUCCUUUGCUAUUCCUUCUGUGGGGGAUCAUCCAGGGUGUGAGGGUUGGCAUGGAGCCUGUUCUUCCCCUUCAUUACCUCUCAUCUUUUGCUUGAGCAUAGGUGACCAGCCCUUGGUUGUCUGUGUCUCCUUUCCCAAUUAGCCCUCUGUCUGACUCCCUUCAAAGUCUCUUGAAAAAUCCACAUCAGGUCUCCUGCCCUUUGGAUAGCUGGAGGGCCUGGCCUCCUUGGAGUUUGAAGCAUUCAAUUUUGUAGACAAGCUUCUCUUCUCCCUUGAGUUGUGAGGGCUGGGUUUGGCCACUUUGUCCUUGGUUAGGUUCAGGUUGGUCAUCCAGAGCAACUCCCAAACUCUGAACUGGCCAUUGGCUGCUUGAAAGCUGGUGGGAGGACAAUUGUUUUGCUUCUCAAGGCUUGACUUAAGGUUCUUCCUUUCCUAUCCAUUUGGCUUCUGUCCUCUGGAGGCCUGCUUGCUGUUGUUGGUGAGUCGCCCCCCUAUUUGGGGUACCUCUAGGAACAGACAGGUCAGCCAUAUGUCGUUCUAGCUCCAUCAGGUGCUCAGGAAUUAUAAAGAGCUUCUCUUCCAAACGUAAUCAUUGCCCCUCAACUCAAAGAUGAAUCUGGGAAGUGUGAUUUGAGCAGUCUUCCCUGAACCUCAUGCCGGUUUCUACAGGUUCUGGCUUUGUGUUUCAUGGUAUUGACUGCAUGAAUAAUAAACCACCUACUCAGCCAAAUUUAUUACUUCGGCCUCUCUCCCAGGGUUUCUUUUCUCCUUGGAUGUCUCUCCUUUUUAACUCCUUCCACUGCUUUGCUUUGUAACCUGCUUUUGACUCUUGUGUUUGUUUCUGGAAGUCAAACCUUUUUUGGGGGGUACAGGGGUCCUUUUCUUAAUUAUCUUUCUCUUUUGCCAGCCACCUCUAUCUGUAACCUAGAUCCCUCUCUUUAUGUCCAUCCAGCCCUCUUGUUUUUAGCUGUGAAUUAUAUAGCCAAGGCCUCGGAUCGAUACCUGUAGUGGGAACUUUUGCCCCUUCUCUCACUUUUUGCUUUGGGAAUCUAGUUCCUAGAGAAGGUAACUGACCCUCUUUCAUUGCCUGAUCAGAGAUCCUCCAAGAGAAUGAAGAGGGAACCUGAGGACACAAUAGCACCGUUCCCAAGAGGAGUGUCAUUUACUCGAUAGAGCUGGCCUUAGAGCCAGCCCCAUUGAUCAGUGCAGCCUGGGGAACCUGGGCUAUCCACCUAACACUUCAGUACUCUACGGUUUCCAUUUGCCAAGAAGGCCCUGCCCUGCAUUAGCAGGGAGUUUCCCCAGAAUGUUAGUAUCUUUGGUACUACAAGGCAUAAACAUGAGGUGGCUCAAAUGUUGUGACAGAGCUGUUCCCUUAAACGUGGUGAUGGGUCAAGAGCAGGGCCUGCAUUGCCCAGAAUGUUUUCUGAAGUAUCUUCAAAGCCUGUGGCAAAAUCUUUUGAAAACCAUUCAGUAGUACCUUCAUUCAGAAAGUGGAUUUAAUCCUGUACCCCUACCCCCAACUCAUUUGAAGCCCAAACUGGCAUAGGAGUGGUUAACUUGGCGUUUAUUUUUUUUAAGAACUUGUUGGCCAAGGACCGAUGUAGCUCAGCUGGGAGAGGCUAUACAGAAGUCGGUUGGCUACUAGGUGACAAAUUUUGGACACAAAAUGGGGGCACAAAGCAAUUGAGAGUUGGGAGGCACCAUACAGAUGUGAUUGUAAGACGCGCAUUUGUAAGCCUGAAGUCGCUUAAGAGGACUGAAGCCCAGCGGCUACUUAGUACUCUCUAGCCAGACAACCGCUUGGGGAAAUCUCAGCCUCUUGGAGCUUUCUUUUUUCGAAUCUGCAAAUCAGAAGUGAUACUUGCACUGCCUACCUCACAGGGUUGUUGUGAGGAACGUGCUUUGUAAGCCUGAACAUGUUUUAUGGUUUACAAUGUAAGUUAUUAAUAAAUGUGAGUUAAUUCUAA